UUUUAACUAUACAGCAAUACAAUUCGACACAUAACGAAACAUAAAAUUCGCUUUAUAGCAAAGCUCAAAUACACAACAGCGUUCCAGGCGCUACAACAAAUAAAAAAACAAAUUGAAAGCCAAACCUAAGCCUUACAUCUGGACAACUGGACGUCUAUGUCACAUAGCGGCGCAAGAUGAAUCGACAACGCUUCAAUGAGCUGCGGCAAGAUCGCGAAACUGAGGAACUGCAUCAAUUACUACAACUGCCCGGAGCUUCCCCCGUGCGGGUUCAUGCAUUGAAUCCCAUGAGUGCGGCACGUCAAGUGAGCUAUGGCACGCAACGUACCACAACAACAGUGCCAGCUAAAAAUCGCAACAGACGUGUGGGAGGAGCAGCUGCGGCAGCAGCAGCAACAGGAGCCGCAGCAGCUGGCACUUUGACUAUCCCAGCAGAUGCUACUGCAAUACCUCCGAAACGUACAUCGCCUCGAGUGCCAUUCUUGCCACGUGUGGCCAGAUUAGCAAGCAACAACAAUAACAACACCAACAACAAUAUCUACAACACUAGAAAUGUGCAGCCUGAAAAGCCACCAGCGCGAAAAACUUUUAAGCCAGCGCCAGUGCAGGAAAAGGAUCUGACACCGCUGUCCACAGUUAGAGCACGCCCAGCUGGAGCAAUCACAUCGCCAGCAAGAACACAACGCAACGACAACUGCAAUCACAAUCACAGCAAGCACACCAACAACACCAAUGGGAACGACAACAAUGGCCUAAGCAUCAGCAGCAGCAGCUCGAUGAGCAACAGCAGCAGCGAUCUGCGCAAAAUUAAGCUGGCGAAAGCAUUUCGUUUGCCAGAUCAGCAGAACCAAAGCUUUGUCUAUCUCUGCAAGCCUGUGAAGCACGUGAAGGAGCUGAUGAUGGCGCGCGCCUUGCGUCAAAGCAACGAGCAGCUGGAGCGGGAGCGUGAACGUGAGUCCUCUAGCUGUUGCUUUAGCUCCGACAUGGGACAGGCUAUUAGCAGUGAACAGGUAAGCGGCUAUCAGGAGGAGUUGCAUGAGCUGUCUUUGCAGCUGGACGUGGUGCGUCAGCGUCAGGAACAUUUGCAGCAGCUGGCAGCCAAAGUGCAGACGACAACAACCACAACUACAGUUGGCAGCUCGGAUCAGACAGCGCUGCAGACAGCGCCGAUGCCAGAGAUGGAAUACGAUUACAUGUUUCAGAAUAUACCCACGCUGCAGCGGGAGAUUGAGCUGCUGCAGCAGUUGGGCGAGAAGCUGGAGGCCAGCAUGCGCCAUACGGCGGGCACAGCGCAGGAAACCGCAACGGCGACGGCGACAGUGGCGGAGCAGCAGCUGGCCAAUGAGCUGCAGCUGGAGCUGGGCAAUCUAAGCCGUCAGUCGAGCCGCUUGUAUUUUACGCCACGCUCGAAUCUAACGCUUUUUGCCCCGGAGCAGCUGCCUGUGGUGCGCAUGGGAUUCAGGCGUGUGGCGCAGCUGUCGCAGCGAUGGCAACGUGGACGCAUUGUGGGCUGCGUGCGCUGCUUUGGCUACAUCAGUGAGUAUCGCAUUGAGACGCGCACACUGAACGAGCUAAAGACGGCGGAUGAGUCGCAAUACUUCUAUCUGCCGCUGCCCGAGGGCAAGGGACUGCAGCGCACCACAUUCCGCAAGCUGCGCGAGAAUCCCAAUGUGCUGCUCCAACAACUGCGCCCACUUAAGCACGCUCAGCCGUUCAAUCUGCUUGAACAGGAUGCCAUGUUCUUCAAUAGCAUGUUGCAACAGCAGCAGCAGCAGCAGCACCUGUACGCCAGCAACAAUGAUCAACUCUUGCCCCGUGCUGCUGGCGGCAGCGCCAGCGUUGCCACGCCCUAUACGCGCCUCUCUGUGCGCUGCAACUAUCAAGAGCUAUUGCUGCCCGCUAUAGCCAGCAACAUUUCGCUGAAGCAGCAACCACCGCCCGAUGAGCAGCUGCAAGUCUCCAAGCCGGAAGCAAUAGGAGAAAUAGCAGCACCUCAGUCUCCAGCUCCAGCUCCAGCUAAACCCAAAAAGUCUACACUAACUGAAGUGCGCUCAAAAGUACGCCAGGUGGCGCCACUUAAGCCGCAAGCGCACGAGCUCGAUCCGCGCGUUCAAGCGCAGCUCCUGAAGACCGUUCUCGUGGGCAUAGUACAAGUGGCUGUCUUUUUGGUGCUCAUUAUGGCCUUCACCUAUCCAGAUAUACGCUGCUAAGCACCAAAUUUAAAUUGCAAACUGUUCAGUUAAAUUGUUAUAUUAUCGUAUGUCUGUGUAUGAGAUCGAGUAUCGUAUGUUAAUCAAAUUUCAUGUAUAACUAUAACUUAAUGUUUAAAACGCACCAGCACCGCUCUCAAGCCCCCAAGUAGCGUUUAAAGCUCCAUUGAAAAAUAUACAUACAUAGAUGGUUAUGUAUAUAGUAUUGCUCGA